CUUCGACAAGGAGGGGCAGCAAAAUAAAGCCAACACAUUUGCAUGAAGAUCAGGAGAAUUACAACAUUAUGGCCUCAACUGCUGGUGCAGAUGCAAAAUCCUCGCAGACCUCGAAUCACGAGGACAAGAUGAAUCACGAACUUGAUGUCACGGAAUCAACGAAUCACGACUUGCCAGCGCGGACAAUGGCUGAAGAUGAACGACCUGGGCAGACACGAGACGCGCAAAGGGACGAUCCUGCGACUGUAGCUGCGAGUGAAGAGUUAAAGCAUACAACUAUCUCCGAUAAGAUCGCGACUGUCUCUCGAGUCCAACCUCUUGAUGUACAACAGACCACUGGCGAAGAUAAGGAAAUGGGAGACUCUGGCAGAGCUAGCACACCCGACACUGAUCCUACCGAUGCGCAAGAUGAAGAGAUGAAGGAACGGUUAGCCUCCCCAAAGAAGAAGAGAGGGCGAGACCAGGAGGACGACUCGAAGGAUUUGGAGGACGAUGCUGCUGACGAGCCCGGUUCUUCAGCCGAUGGCAGUGUUGUGAAUGGAAGCAGAACGACGCGACUUGAGCCAGAAAAGAAGCGUCCUCGAGACACAUCGGAAGAUACCACAAAGGCAACAGAGACAACUGCAGAAGCAAAGCUGCAAACCGCCCCAGCAGAUUCUGCAGAGACGGAAACCACAAAAUCCGAGGAUAAGGCGACGAACUCCUCACACAAGGAUUCGAAGACAUCCGAAACCUCCAGCAAACCACAAACUUCGCCUUCUGGUUUCGCGAGUUCUGGUUUCGCUUCUCUCGCAGCUUCGAGUACCUCUCCGUUUGGUAGCCUGGGAGCCUCUAAACCAAGCGUUUUUGGCGGAAAUACUCAAGCCCCAUCUGGAUUUGCUGCUUUGGCUGCUUCUAAGCCGGCAGAGUCGUCCACAGCUUCAGUCCCAAGUGGCUUUGGAGCGUUGGGCGCCAAACCUACCACAGGCUUCGGUUUUGGAACUGGUGCUACAUCGGGGUUUGGUGGUCUCGCAAGUGGGAGCGUGUUUGGAUCUAAAUUAGGGAAUGGUUUUGCUGGCGGUGCUGGCCCAAAGCUGUCCAGUUUUGCCGCACCUGUGAAAGAGACGGAGGUAUCAGGAUCCAAGCCAAUCAAGGCUUUUGGUGCUCCGGAAAGUGACGAAGAGCCUGAUAGCGAUGAAGAUGGCGAUAGCGAGGGUGGAGAUGGUAACGAGGAUGAAGAGAGUGGGAAGGUCGAAGCAGAUGACAAGAAGAAGAUCAGACUUACUAAAGUUCAUAUUGACGACGGAGAGGCUGGCGAGGCGACCUUACUGCAGAUGCGUGCCAAAGUUUUUGCUAUGGAUAAAGUAUGGAAGGAACGUGGGGUUGGGGUCCUCAAGAUCAACGCACCCAAGAGCUGUGUGAGCUUCGAUGAGAACGGUGCCCCAAUACCAGGCUCAUUCGACGCUUCAGGCUUAGACGACGAAGAUGCUGAUCCAAACGCUCCCAAAGUUCCUCGUCUCAUUAUGCGACAAGAAAACACUCAUCGAGUGGUCUUGAACACGAUUAUAGUUCGGGCAAUGGCAUUCUCGGAUAAACAACCUGCUUCUUCAUCUGCCCAAAUACUGUUCACAGCUUUUGAGGGAGAGAAGGAGCCGAAACCGAUCAACAUUCUGCUAAAGAUGUCAGAAGCAAAUGCUACAUUGUUUCGUAGGGAGAUUGCAUCGAUACAGAGAGAACUUGAAUCUUGAGAAAGCAUAAAAUGCCAUGGCAUUUGAGCACAUUCACCACCGUCAUCAUUCCCUUUGUCAUAGAAUUCAUUGACAUGUAUGGUCUUUUCUGGGCGGGGAAAGGUUCACUUUAAGUAUUAUCGGAUUGCUAUGAUGGAGUUUGGACUAUUGGAAUACCAGCAAUCACUCAGCAUAGCGCGGCGGAUAUGGGGCCAUGCACACAAAGUCGGCGGAUGUCCCGUGUGCAUACACACGCUUUUGAUAUUUAUAAAACGCUUGAGGAGCAAUAUCGAGGCAGGAAUGAAACUAUGAUACUUCCA